AUGACAGGCUGUAACAAUGGCUCUACAACGCGCCUGCACUCCUCCCACUCAUUAUCCGCACUGGCAGUUAAGCCCAAAAGCCCCGCCUUUAACAGGUCAGGUGACUUCUCGUGCCAGCUGCUGAUGUGCUUUCUGCUGUCCAUCACUGACAACAGGCAUUCUGACACUGAUUCUGACACUGACCCUGAUUCUGACACUGACUCUGACAUUGUCUCUGAUUCUGACACUGACCCUGAUUCUGACACUGAUUCUGACACUGACCCUGAUUCUGACCCUGAUUCUGACACUGACUCUGAUUCUGAGUCUGACUCUGAUACUGACUCUGACACUGACUUUGAUUCUGACACUGACUCUGAUUCUGAUUCUGAUACUGACUCUGACACUGACUCUGAUUCUGACACUGACUCUGACUCUGAUUCUGACUCUGAUACUGACUCUGAUUCUGACACUGAUUCUGACAUUGACUCUGGCCCUGAUGCUAUCUCUGAUUCUGACACUGACUCUGAUUCUGACUCUGACCCUGAUUCUGACACUGAUUCUGACACUGACUCUGACACUGACCCUGAUUCUGACACUGACUCUGAUUCUGACACUGACUCUGACUCUGACACUGUCUCUGAUUCUUAUACUGAUUCUGACUCUGAUUCUGACACUGAUUCUGAUACUGACUCUGAUUCUGACUCUGACUCUGAUUUUAUGAUUUAUGAUAUACAGUCGGCAGUUUAGGCACUUCAGUUCUUUUUAUCAUUUUUUUUUACUUCUGCAUUGUUCAUUUCUGUGCCGUUGCUGUUUCUCAUGUUUCUUUUUUAGAUUGACUCACCUGUUAGUACUGAAAUAUGUACUGUGUUAAACAGGCAUGUGUAGUGGGUCUCUGCUCGAGUUCAGUCGACGCGGGAGGUUUGAGUUAGUGCUAAAAGUUUUUUCAGCAGCACAUCUACAAAGCUGGUUGAACAAAUCUUUUAGAUUAACACACUCGGUACUCUAAGCUCAAAAAGAUACAUUUGCAUCACUAAACAUUCAGAGAUCUGGAUAAUAAAGCGUCCACCCACAGGAUCGUGAAAAGCCGUUCUCUCUGCCAGGACAAAUAAUGCAGUAUCAUAUAUUACCAGGAAUUGUGGCUUUAUCAUUAAAGAAUUGGUAUUCCCUUCAUUCUAGGCCUAACAAAACAAAAGUACAAAUCAACACAACAGCGUGCUCCACCAAAUCAAGCCUCAUAAAACACACUCCACUGUCAUAUUCG